AUGCAGCACAGGGCUUUGCUCACGCAUCCAUUUACUUCCCCAUCAAUUUCCCAGUCUCUCAUCUCAAUAUCUGAAUUUGAGACACCACCAUGUAUUGGAUAUAGUGAAGAUCAAAUCGACUCAAGCACAUUGGUUGGUCGUAGCAUGCAGGACGAGAUUAUUCAGCAUGGUCGCGUCUCCUGGGCUGCCUAUACAGCCUUUGUUCUGGCUCGUGGAGUCUGGUUCACUGGCAUCACUCUAUUCAGUUACUCCACUUUUCUCUCAUUCCAGGUCAUUAUUUUGUGCCUUUUUGAAGGUUUUUCCAAAUCUCUUUUACAUCCGAAGAAACACCUAAAUCUAGUUUAUUUUAAAUUUUACAAUUAA